AUGGCUAAACAACUUUACUACCUGCCUCAGGGCUCCCGGAUCCUAGUGACCGGUGCCAACGGCUAUAUUGGGAGUAAUGUCGUCCACAGUCUACUUGAACUAGGGUUUAAGGGUCUUUUCUGCUAUGGUGCCUCUAAGACCGAGGGAGAGAAGGAAGCGUGGAGUUGGAUGGAGAAGAACAAGCCAGACUUCCAAUUCAAUACCGUGUUGCCAAACUUUACCAUCGAGAGAAUUCUGCACGAAGAAAUCCACGGCUCAACAAUGGGCUGGGUUCGUGGCAUCACCACGGGGAAUCCAAGUGCAUUCGGGUUAUUUGCGCCACAAUACUUCUGCGAUGUCAUCGACAUUGCGCGUCUCCAUGCAGCAGCCCUCCUCGACCCAAAUACAGUCUCUCGGCGACUGUUUGGAUUUGCUGCUCCUAUAAACCUCACUGAUAUGAUUUUAGCUGUUCAGAAGCUACAACCUGAUAAUAUUUUGAUCCCCGAACCUCCUGUUGAUGAGGGACGUGAUCUGAGUGAAGUUAUUCCCGCCAAAGAAGCAGAAAGACUCCUGCGGGAAUUCUGUGGGCGAGAAGGGUGGACAUCCCUGGAGGAGAUUAUUGCGCAGGGAAUUGAGGGGUGUUGA